CACACAUUCACGCCUCGGUGCGCGCGCUCACAAACUGUCAGAUUAGCGGCGAUGAAUCACGGGUGUAAACCGUCUGAGCCCUGAAGUUCAUCAGACACCGGACAGGUCAGACCCGUACGGACGCCCAACAUGAGCGAGAGGUUCAUGGUCGUACCGGUGGCGCACGCCGACAAGAGCGCGUUUGGAGACGAACCGGACGGAGACUCUGUGUUUGACGCCGGUGCCGGUGAGGAGCGGCGGGGAUCGGUGCCCAUCCUCCGGUACAGCAGAGAACCCAACAAAUACGGUGAUGGAAACCCAAGGGAAAGCAGCCCGUUCAUCAAUAACGCAGAUGAUGAUAAGGGAACUCUGUAUGAUGGGAAAAACAUGGCACUUUUUGAGGAGGAGAUGGACAGCAAUCCCAUGGUGUCUUCACUGCUCAACAAACUGGCCAACUACACGAACCUCACGCAGGGCGUCCGGGAACACGAGGAGGCCGACGAGGAUGAAGGUGCCAAGAAGAAGACAGUCAAGAGUCCACAGAUGGGGACGUUUAUCGGGGUCUACCUGCCCUGCCUGCAGAACAUCCUGGGAGUGAUUCUCUUCCUGCGAAUGACGUGGAUCGUGGGAACGGCGGGAAUCCUGGAGUCCUUUAUCAUUGUGUCCAUGUGCUGCUCGUGUACAAUGUUGACAGCCAUAUCAAUGAGUGCCAUUGCUACAAACGGUGUUGUUCCAGCUGGAGGCUCGUACUACAUGAUCUCUCGCUCUCUGGGCCCGGAGUUCGGAGGCGCUGUGGGUCUGUGUUUCUAUCUGGGCACAACGUUCGCCGGCGCCAUGUACAUCCUCGGGACUAUCGAGAUCCUCUUGACGUACAUAGUGCCCAGUGCUGCUAUCUUUAAGGCGGAGGAGAAGGCGCAGGAGGCGGACGCUCUGCUGAAUAACAUGCGUGUUUAUGGGACGUGCUGUCUGACGCUCAUGGCUCUCGUAGUGUUCGUUGGUGUGAAGUACGUCAAUAAGCUCGCGCUGGUCUUCCUGGCCUGUGUAGUGCUGUCCAUCCUGGCCAUCUACGCCGGGGUCAUCAAAACCAUCUUUGAACCUCCAAUUUUUCCGGUCUGUUUGUUGGGCAACCGCACCCUGCAGAAAGGAUUUUUUGAUGAGGUUUUUGAAGAGUGAAUUAAUAGAGAAAUGUUAGAGUGAUUGAGAGUGUUUGGUAUGUUUUGUUUUAUGUUCUGUGGAUGGACGGAGGUUGAAGUGAGUUGUUAUGUAAUUAACGUCACCGAGAUCCAGGGCAUUCCCGGCCUCACCAGCGGAGUCAUUUCAGAGAACAUGUGGGGAAGCUACGGUCCUGCUGGCAUGCUGGUGGAGAAAGCCAUGCCCUCGGUGCCGGCGAGCGACGCGUCUCAGGACAAACACAUGCCGUAUGUGGUCAAUGACAUCACUGCCUUCUUCACGCUGCUGGUGGGAAUCUACUUCCCCUCCGUCACAGGUAUAAUGGCUGGAUCCAACAGAUCCGGGGAUCUGAGAGAUGCUCAGAGGUCUAUUCCCAUCGGCACCAUCCUCGCCAUCGCAACCACCACCAUCUUGUAUCUGUGAUGUGUGGUGAUUUUUGGCGUGUUCGUUGAGUGGGUGUGUUGUUUGGUGAUAAGUGAGAGGUUUGGAGACUCUGUUAAAGGUAAUUUAGUUAUUGGCACAUUGUCCUGGCCCUCGCCCUGGGUGAUCGUGAUCGGCUCGUUCUUCUCCUGCUGUGGGGCGGGGCUUCAGAGUCUCACCGGCGCCCCCCGGUUGCUGCAGGCCAUUGCACGGGACGGGAUCGUGCCCUUCCUCGAGGUGUUUGGUCAUGGAAAAGCCAACGGAGAGCCGACGUGGGCUCUUCUUCUGACGGCUGUGAUCUGUGAAAGCGGGAUUCUCAUCGCUUCUCUGGACGCCGUGGCUCCAAUCCUUUCCAUGUUCUUCCUCAUGUGUUAUCUGUUCGUGAAUCUGGCCUGUGCUUUGCAGACGCUGCUGAGGACGCCCAACUGGAGACCGCGAUUCAAAUACUACCACUGGACUCUUUCGUUUCUCGGGAUGAGUUUGUGUCUGGCUCUGAUGUUUAUUUCCUCCUGGUACUAUGCUCUGGUGGCGAUGCUCAUCGCUGGAUGCAUCUACAAAUACAUCGAGUAUCGCGGGGCGGAGAAAGAGUGGGGCGACGGGAUCCGCGGUCUGUCGCUCAACGCGGCGCGAUACGCUCUCAUUCGAUUGGAGGAGGCGCCGCCGCACACCAAAAACUGGAGGCCUCAGCUGCUGGUGCUGCUCAAUCUGGACUCUGAGCUGUCUGUGAAACACCCUCGUCUCCUGUCCUUCACCACGCAGCUUAAAGCAGGCAAAGGUCUGACCAUCGUGGGGUCAGUGCUGGAGGGAACGUUCCUCAGCAGAGAGAGCGACGCCAAGAGAGCAGAACAGAGCAUCAAAUCAGCCAUGGCCUCAGAGAAGACGAAGGGUUUCUGUCAUGUUGUGGUGUCGUCAAACCUGCGCGACGGCUUCUCUCACCUCAUCCAGUCAGCCGGACUCGGAGGAAUGAAGCACAACUCUGUUCUGAUGGCUUGGCCCACCAACUGGAAACAGUCCAGUGACCCGCAGUCCUGGAAGAACUUCAUAGAAACCAUCCGAGAGACCACUGCCGCCCAUCAGGCCCUGCUGGUGGCCAAGAACGUGGACAGCUUCCCUCAUCAGGAGCGUCUCGCUGAAGGAACCAUCGACGUGUGGUGGAUCGUUCAUGACGGAGGCUUGUUGAUGCUCCUGCCGUUCUUGCUGCAGCAGCACAAGGUCUGGAGGAAGUGCAAGAUGCGCAUUUUCACCGUGGCUCAGUUGGAUGACAACAGCAUCCAGAUGAAGAAAGACCUGCAGAUGUUCCUCUACCACCUUCGUCUGAAUGCUGAGGUGGAGGUCGUGGAAAUGCAUGACAGUGACAUCUCAGCGUUCACCUACGAGAAGACGCUGGUGAUGGAGCAGCGCUCACAGAUGCUGAAGCAGAUGCAGCUGUCGAGGACGGAGCGCGAGCGAGAGAUUCAAAGCAUCACGGAUGAGUCGCGUAGCUCCAUUCGGAGGAAGAACCAGAGCGGCGCUCACGGCUCGGCCGUCAAUAACCAGAACGCCCAUCUAGAUGACGAUAAACAAGACGAGGCUCAGCUGAUCCACGACAGAAACACGGCGUCUCACGCGGCUCUGAACGACAAGCCCGACGUGUCACCGGAGCGAGUCCACAUGACCUGGACCAAAGACAAGUUCUGCACCGAGCGCAACCGCAACCGAGACCACAGCGCAAACAUGGCGGUGCGAGACCUGUUCAGCAUGAAACCCGAAUGGGAGAGUCUGAAUCAGUCUAAUGUGCGCUGCAUGCACACGGCCAUCAAACUCAAUGAAGUGGUGGCCAAUAAGUCUCAGGGAGCUCAUCUGGUGCUCCUCAACAUGCCUGGACCACCCAAGAACAGAGGCGGCGAUGAAAACUACAUGGAGUUUCUGGAGGUUUUGAUGGAGGGUCUCAACCGGGUCCUGUUGGUGCGCGGCGGCGGUCGUGAAGUCAUCACCAUAUACUCAUAAAGCGGAUUGUAGCACGACGCCCCGCAGGCAGGAAUUCAGUUUUUAUUUUUCCCACAGCAAAGCCGGACAUCAUGGAGAAAGCUAGCGGUCGGGGUUUACAGCGGCGUUAUGUCCCGCUGCGUUCAUUACAGGACAUUGACUUUUGCGGCCCUCCUGAAGAGAGACAACGUGACGAAACCGAGACGAGCGAUGAUCCGAUUCGUAACGCGACACUUUAAUUUAUGACUCUUUUAUUGUUUUCUUUUGUGUGUUCGUACAGUCUAGUUUUUAUGUCUGUUUAUUGUGCAACAUCGUUUGGUUUUUCAAGAAGCUGAAGACUUUUUGAACCACGUACGAUCCGAAGGCUUAAAGCAGGUGUGUUUUAUUAAAGUAAAAUUUGAGUUUGUUGCUAAUGCCUGUUUAAUAUCGAUCCGCUCGUCUCCAUUCUGCAUUGCUUUUUAUUUGUGUAUGCCAGCUACGAUUCAAGCUGUCGCUUAAUACCCAAAAUAACAUCUACUUUUAGCGAACCAGGCUGUGAAACGAGUGUAUUCUUGUGGCAAAUCCAUAUCUGAGUUGCGAAAACGCACUUUUACUGUUAUCAAAGGAAUGUUUGAGUUUUUCACGUCGGCUAAUUUUAACAAUAAUGCAGCGCGGAUGAUGAAUGUGACGGAUGACGUUACAGACUUCACGAUACGGAUUGUGCAAUAACUUUUAUUCAUUAUCAAGUCAUCACUAGCCGAGCGUGACGUCCACUUGUCGAGGGUUUUGUGUUAUAAAAGUUGAAAUGUUUAACGCGAACAGCGUAUAAGGAGAAAAGCCAUAAUAGUUGGUCUCGUCAUUGAGUACCGAGGUUUUGUUUUGGCUUCAUCUCGGCAUGAAUCACAGAAAUCAGUUUAACUGGGAUGAUUUCAGCUGUAUUUGCACUUUUUUAUUAGAUUUUUCCGUUAAUCGUGUGAUGAAAGCACAGGGCACGGAUAACCUGUCCAGCACAAUGCUUGCUGAUGAUCAGAACCAGCACUGCGAAAUCUACUUCUCUCAGCAAUAAAUGUGUUUUCCCAUGAGCUGGAAUGAAAUUUAGUCUUUGUCUUGACAUUCAUGAUGUUAAACAUGGAGAAUCCUUAAUUAACCGGCAUUACUAAUAGAGAAAAGUUUAAAAGCGACUAGUUAACGAAAGCAAUUUGUUAGGAUUGAAGCUGAAGUGUGUUAAUCCUAGUGGCAUCAACUGGAACUGCAGUUUGUUUGAGUGACGAGAGCUGGACAUUUGCUCAACCAAUGGAGUAAAUUGGGGGGCAGAGCUAUUGGUUUCUGACCAAUAGCAAAUUGGGGGAGUGUUUAAUAUUUGUUUGAAAAACCUUUUACGUUUGGAAAUGACACACUUCAUCUUAAACAGGUUUAGAAAUGAUUGUGUUUAGAUUUGGACAAUCAGAAAGCAAUUUUAGAAAGAUUUACAUUUUAUUUUUGUUGCUUGUUUUUUUCUUAUACACUGUGUCCUAACCAGGUGAUAAAGCAACAAGCAGUAAGUCUUAUCCACUGUGACGCAUCUGAUUGGUCCAGAAUCACUGCAUAUUAAACAGCUGAUGUGUUCUGAUUGGCUGUGACUUUUGUUUUCUGCAUUAAUUCAUCUUGGUUAGGACACGGUGU